ACUCAAAUGUAACAAUAUUUUAUUCUCCGUGCUGCUCCUCACUUUGGUGAACUUGGUGCUAUCAUACCUAUCCAACCAGAUGAAGCGAUACCUGGGGUGAAAGGCAGCAGCCAGUUGGCAUUCCUCAUUGCCCAGGAGGGUCGCAAAUCUUUUGACGAUGCCUGCCAAAACUGCGUCGACCAAGGGGUUGCAGUAGACGAGUUUUGGGUUAACAGACUUUAAAGGAAGUUAAAGGAAGCUAAUUGUAACGGAAGUUAAUUAGUCCGAUAAUGAUUUUCAAAGUUAACUCAAAAGUUAAAUUGUUAAUGAAAAUGUUAACUUCGUUGAUUAACGAUUAACGGACUUACGCCCGGCUCUCUCCCCCCCUCUCUCUCUCUAUCUAUCAAUCAAUCAAUCUAUCUAUCUAUCUGUCUAUCUGUGUGUGUGUGUGUAAUUUUCAAGGAAAGAUCCGGAGAAAUAGUUGUCGGUGAUAUAAAUGAUUUAAAUAACAUCCUGUGCAUUUGUCUCCAUUUUUCAUUUCUCUUGUAUGUAUGUAUGUAUGUACGUGGGUACAUAUGUAUGUAUGUAUGUACGUACGUAUGUAUAUGCGUGUGUUGACAGCUACAUUAAAUUCAUCUGACAGUUUAUUCAACCGGCCUGGCUGAAUUUUGCAAUAAAUUUUGCACUAAUGCAGUACUGAGUUCCCCAAUCAGUAAAUAUUUCGUUGUUAUUCUUAAAUUUAGCAAGCACACACACUUGCGUUACCCUCCUUUAUGUUGCACCACGGACAGUAGCGUCUUUCAAAGUGAAAUGUUUGGUGACAACCUUUAGCCGAACAAAAUUUCCGGUUAAAGUAAUAGGUGAAAAUAUCCCGUUAUACUGAGUGAAAGGGAAAAUAAAUAUUUAGUUUGUUUAAUGCAGAUACCAUACUGAUUGUUCUGGAACUGCUCUCCAGAUCCUUUUUUAUAUCCGGACAUAAUUAUGCGAAGGCACUUAAUUAUUUCAGUACCCAAGUCCGAACGAGAGAUAUUUGUUUAUUCAUUCAUAACUGAUCAAGAAGGCGGAAUCAAUCUCCCUACAUCCCACUAUAGUGGUGGCGCAAUGGCCCAGUGGUUAGAGCAGCGGACUCGCGGUCGUAGGAUCGCGGUUUCGAUUCCUAUUUUUUGUUAAGAAGGCUAAGAGAAAAAGGUGUUUUAUAUGACACAUUCUACCAGUGUCCCAAGUUUGAAAGUGUUUCGUUAAGAAAAGAAGUGUUGCCCGUCAAACCAAAAAGAUCCCAUUUAAUAUAAAUAGUAAAAGAUUUUAAUCAAUAAGACAGUAUGGAUUUCACUAAUAAGUUUAUAAAUUAUUCAAAAAAGUAUAGGAGUGAUCACCAGGAAGCUAUUAAUUAGCAGCUCUCAAAUUCUUUACGGCUGAACCUAUCACGCAUGGAACCUGAUGUUAAUUCUAUUAUUGAGCGUAGCAAGAAAUAGGCUCAUCCUUCUCACAGGCCUCAAUGAAAAUGUAAUCUGAAAUAACUGUGUUUCUUUUAUAAACGUUUUGACCCAGUAGAGUUAAGUGGGUCGCCAUAAACUGGUGUCAUAAAUAGUGGGUCGCGUCUCUAAAAAGCUUUAGGAACCACUGCACUAGAUCAUUUAGCAAAGUAAUAAUAAACUAUCGAUGAAUCAUUGCUGUCCUGUACAACCAAAGCAGAACGAAAAAGAAAGAAAAAAAAAAAAAGACAAGCCAUGAACUAUGUUUACGGACAGUUGCGGAAGAAAAACAAAAGCUUCCGAAUAGCAACGGAAACUCUAUCGUCUGCUUUUUGAUUGCCGUCGUCCCGACAAGAAGAAGAAAUAUUUGAAAUUUGUCAAUUAUCCUGAUGAAAAGAGAAAACUUUAAAAUGCAGUCAAGCAACUGUAAGCAACCAAAUAGUUCGAAGGGUAACACCCUUAGUUCAUUAGUAUUUCGGCAGCAUCCUGCCACUGCUAUGAUAAUUGAUUUGGCAUCAGGAAUACCAAAGGAUACAGUUCAUACUAUAUCUAACAGCCUUGAGAAUAUCUUUUCCUUGAUCUGUACAAUGAGUGGACCAUGUAAAAUUCCAUUUUUCAGUGUAGCUACAUUAAGUGGAUUCUUUGAAAUAUUAUUACCAAUGAUAAGUGUACGAGGAAACUUUCUGAGAAUACAAUAUUGUCUGAAUGAAUUAAAACAGAUGGCGGAACUUGGCUGUAAGGAGCACUUAGAAGACAGGGAACGGACGCUAUCACAAGCAUUCAUUGAGAUUGCACGACAGUUCCAGCAAUUUAAGAAUGCAUCUCUCCAACUGCAGAUCCUUUUCUUGACAAACAAACAUAAGGAAAAAUUAACUUUGGUUGAGAAAUCUGUUGAGAAGGCCCUUGAUACAGUCAACGUGGAAUAUUUAAAGCAUGUUCAAGUUGUUGGCUUGAAUAACACAAUAGAGACAUGGACAGGGGAGACACUUAAUGACUCCAAUCCAUUAAGCCACUCAGAUAAUUCCCAGAGCUCUUCAAUGGAUGCAAGUGUUAUUGAAACAAUUUCAAUAGAAUCUGAUCCUCUGAGUUUACACAGCUAUUUUAGCAUUUUACUCAAAGACGGUGCAACAGACUAUGAACAUUUGCAUCUCAUCCUUCCACCACAUAUAGAUGAUAUUCCUAUGGUGAUAAAGUGUGAUGUCCUAACUAGCAUCAUCAAUCCCAUUCAUAUUCCAUUCAGAGAACACUAUCUUCUUUGUAUGGAUAACACAAGUGGCAAGCCUUUGCUGUCCCCAGGAUCAAAUUUAUCGCGAACAACACAUCCUUUGAUCAUAGUUUGCAUCAAGCAAAUAUUACCAUCCUCGGCUUUGUGUGAAUCUCUCAUAUUUGGAAUGCCCUAUAUACUGGAGCCAACAAGUUCUUGGAAAAUUGAUUGGGAUGAGCUUGAAAGCAACAGAGCCAACUUCCAGGCUCUUUGCCAUAUCUUGUUGGAAAAGGAACAUGUGUUAAUUGGUCAGCUUGGACAGGAAACAAUUUCUUCAGUUCCACCACAAAAUAAUCUCCUGCAUGAUUCCUUUCUGAAAACUAAACAUCCUUUGGGUUGCUUUGUUUUACUGCCAUCACAAUCAGGUAAAAUGUUGAUUAAAUCAUUGGCUUGUAAAGAAUUAAUGGUAGCACAAGGUCAAAGCCUUCAAGCUGAAAUGCCUUCACACAGCAAUCUUCAAAUGAUAGAAUCUUCAAUUUCUCAAUUGGAAUUUCUUGAGACUUAUAAUCCUCUUUUUGUGUCCAGUGGUCUCUACACAGCAUUGAUUAAUUUCGUAUCAAAACAGUCUCAACCUAAACAGCAAAAACAGUCAGCUAAGGCAUCCAUUACAGAAGAAACUAAGGCAAAGCAGAGAUCUUUAUUUCAUCCAUCAAAGGAGAUUUCUUUUAGCAAAAAACGUUCUUCUAAAUAUAAAAACCAAUAUAAAGAAGUCAAUUCAUGGGAUUUUGACUUCACAGAUGCAUGUGAUUUCAUCAAAUUUUCUAAAUAGCUUUUGAUAUGAUGUGUUUCCUGUUUUAGUUCUUUGCAUAUGCUACAUGCAUUCUUUUUGAGAAUGAAUGUUGCUACAUGUGAUAAUAUGCUAAUAAGUGAUUUUAAUGUCGCUGAUGUUACAUGUCAUAAUAUGUGAUUUUUAUGUUGAUGUUGGAUUGUAUUUAUUUUCAUUCACCUCAAUAUUAGGAGUAUAAUAAGAGAAAACAAAUUAUGGGGGCUAGGAGGGGAAAAUACCUGUAUAAAGUGAUUUAUACCUUUGUUUAUUACCAUUAUCUGUCAAGUUAUUUACUGAUUCACUAGUUUCUUUUAUUGUAACACACAUGAAAACACACACAAAUGCAUUUUGUUUGUCCAAAUGCCAUUUUUUGCUUCAUUAAAAACAUGUAGUAAAUACCCACAAGUUAACAUAGAUAUAUUUGUUCUCUUUGUAAAUAUACCAGAAUGAAAAUAUGUAUACUGUUAGUUCACAUAGAUAUUUUAAGGAGAAUUUACAAUACUUUAAUUUGUUUAUGAGGAUGAAUAGUAA